GGGCUGGUUUAGCUUGUGUGCUCCGUUGCCAUUCGCCACGCAUUAAACCGCCGCCUCUGUUUCAAUUUUUAAAGAGGAAACAAAUCGGGAAGGCACGCCUGAGCCCAGCACUCGACAGUCGACGAAGUGAUUUGAGGUGCUGAGUAUUUCCGCUUGACGACUUCCCGAGUGAUGACGUUGGAGUGAAUCGUCCUUGAAGCACUAGAGGGGAAAAGUGACGGAAGAAGGGGAGGACUGACUUCAAUAACUCAUUAUCCCGUCAGCGUUGAAAUCAGGAAGCAGCACAGCAUCAUGGCCGGCCAGGAGUUGCUCUACUUGCACGUUUUCGGGGAAGUCACCGGCAUUGGACGUUGCGGAAUCUAUGGACUGGUUGAUGUUCCUGCCGACAAAAUGCCGGCCGAAUUUUGGAUGGAAUUUCCUCGUAGUGAACCAUUGCACCGACAAACCUCCAAAGCUCAUCAGGUGUUGGGACGGCUGGGUGCCUGGGGUUUCCAACUGGAAGCGGUUGUUCCAGUUUCGUCGGAGAACGCCACGAAACUUGUGACAGCGGGUUGUUUUGGCCCUAAUGUUACCUAUACGAAUACGUAUGAUGAGUAUGGCAGACAGGUGAAAACAGCGACGCUGUGCAAUACUUUCUGCUGGAUACUCAUACUUCGUCGGUCCCCUCCUUCGGCACCAGUUGAAUGUAGGAAAAACCGACAGGAGCAACAAAAGCCAGUGGAUUCUUCUUCUGCUGAAGUUCUUCAGACAGCAUCAGCGGAAAACGUGUUGAAAUCAAAGCCUUGAGAUUCACCAGUCGCUCAAAAUUCCGGCGGAAGAAAGAACGUUGAGUGCAAGGACAGUUAUUUCCGUUGUUUCGAGUGUCUCUUUCCGCCUGAAUCCAAAUUUGUACGAUUCCGACACAGCAUGUUUCAAAAUUCCUCUUUUGCAGGGAAGAAAAGAUCUCUAUGCAAUUAA